AUGAACAGCAAUACCACAUACAACGUGCACAGAGAUGUGCCCGAUAGCGCAGGCACGUCCACCGCCUACCUGUGUGGGGUCAAGACCAACAUGAGGACCAUUGGUGUAAGUGCAGCCGCCCGCUUCGACCAGUGCAACACGACACGUGGGAAUGAGGUCACAUCUGUGAUGAACCGGGCCAAGAAAGCAAGGAAGUCAGUGGGAGUGGUGACCACCACCAGGGUGCAGGACGCCUCCCCAGCCGGGGCCUACCGGCACACUGUGAAUCGAGACUGGUUCUCUGAUGCCAACCUGCCUGCCGAUGCUCAGCCCUAUGGCUGCCGGGACAUCGCCACUCAGCUCGUCUACAACAUGGACAUUGAUGUGAUCCUGGGUGGAGGCCGAAAGUACAUGUUUCCUGAGGGGACCCCAGACCCUGAAUACCCAGAUGAGAAUGGAGUCCGGAAGAAGAAGCGGAACCCGGUGCAGGAGUGGCAGGCCAAGCACCAGGGAGCCCACUAUGUGUGGAACCGCACAGCGCUCCUUCAGGCAGCCAGUGACUCCAGUGUAACACACCUCAUGGGCCUCUUUCAGCCAGGAGAAAUGGCCUAUGAACUCUUCCGAGACCACACCACGGACCCAUCCCUGGAGGAGAUGACGGAGGCAGCCCUGCGUGUGCUGAGCAGAAACCCUCGGGGCUUCUUCCUCUUCGUGGAGGGAGGCCGCACUGACCAUGGACAUCAUGCCAACAUAGCUUAUCGGGCGCUGUAUCGGGCGCUGAAUGAGACGAUCAUGUUCGACAACGCCAUCGCCAAGGCUAGCCAGCUCACCAGUGAAGCAGACACACUGACCCUCGUCACCGCCGACCACUCCCAUGUCUUCACUUUCGGUGGCUACCCACUUCGUUGAACCUCCAUUUUCGGGCUGGCUGAUGGCAAGGCCGGAGAUGGCAAGUCCUAUACCUCCCUUCUCUAUGGCAACGGCCCGGGAUACCGGCUGUACAUGGGCUCACGACCCGAUGUGAAUGAAAAGCAGAGCAUGGACCCCAAGUACCAGCAGCAAGCCGCAGUGCCCCUAGGGAGCGAAACCCACGCUGGUGAGGACGUGGCAGUGUUUGCACGAGGCCCGUGGGCACACCUGAUGCACGGCGUGCAGGAGCAGACCUUCGUGGCGCAUGUCAUGGCCUUUGCUGCCUGCGUGGAGCCCUACACCACCGACUGCAACCCUCAGCCCCCCAGCGGUCCCUCGGACGCUGCCCACCAGGCUGCCUGCCCAUCCUCACUGACACUGCUGGCCGGGGCCCUACUGCUGCUGCUGGUGCCCACCCUGCACUGA